AUGGUCGGAUAUGGACCAGAGGACGAUCACUUCGUAGUCGAGUUGACCUAUAAUUACGGUAUCCACUCUUACGAAGUCGGGUCUCACUUUGUCGGCUUCGAGCUGUGCUCGAAGACCGUCUAUAAGUCCGUUUUUGCUUCGUCACACAAGGCAACUGAUGAUCAGUUGGUAGUUCGUGAUCCGAACGGCUACUCGAUUUUUGUCAAGGAUGCGACUAGGGAAGAUCCUUUCAGCAAAGUAAUCCUGAAUGUCAGCGAGUUGAAAAAAUCGCUCGUGUUCUGGCAUGACAUCCUGAAUAUGACUAUUGUCAGUCGAUCGGCUACGAAUGCUGUGCUCAGCUACGGCCCUGAACAGUGUCCGCUGGAAAUUCGUCACGGCAAUGUUGGUCGAGGUAGUGGUUUUGGACGUAUAGCGUUUGCAUGUCCGUCGUCUGAGGUUAAUCCCUGA